AGGAAGAAGAAUGUGCACCUUAUCGUCCGCCAUCUCUGCUUAUCCUACGCAUCCUAUUCGAGCUUCCAUUUCUUCCUCUCGGGUUUCAAUUCCUAACAUUCAACAUGGCGUUGCGAACCCCUUCGUUCCGGAGGUUGUGAAAGCAGUGGAUGCCUUGCAUUUAGAGUUCAGGUCUGUGGAUAAUUUGGUUGCAUGCAAUACCGCACGUGUCCUUAAAGCUUUCCAGAAUGCCCGAGUUGGAUCUCAUCACUUUGGUGGUUGUACUGGUUACGGUCAUGAUGAAGCUGGGGGCCGUGAGGCUCUUGACCAGGCUUUUGCAGAAAUUGUUGGGGCUGAGUCAGCUAUUGUUCGUUCACAGUUCUUCUCAGGUACUCAUGCUAUCGCAUGUGCUUUAUUUGCUCUCCUCAGGCCUGGGGAUGAGCUUUUGGCAGUUGCUGGUGCUCCUUAUGACACGUUAGAGGAAGUAAUUGGGAAAAGGGACUCUGGUGGACUGGGUUCCCUUCAAGAUUUUGGGGUGAAUUACCGAGAAGUUCCACUUGCUCAGGAUGGUGGACUUGACUGGAAUGCACUGAUGAUUGCUGUCAAACCUAGAACGAAAUGUGCACUCAUACAGAGGUCAUGUGGUUAUUCAUGGCGUCAGAGUUUGAGUGUUAAUGACAUAGGAAGGGCAAUACAAAUAAUCAAAAUGCAAAAUCCCAGCUGCUCGGUCAUGGUGGACAAUUGCUAUGGUGAAUUUGUCGAAAGCAUUGAACCUCCCAUGGUGGGUGCAGAUUUGAUUGCAGGCAGUUUGAUCAAGAAUCCUGGUGGAACGAUUGCACCAUGUGGCGGAUAUGUUGCUGGGAGAAAAAAAUGGGUUGAAGCAGCUGCAGCCCGUCUUUCUGCACCUGGGCUUGGUGUGGAUUGUGGUUCGACCCCAGGUGAUAUAAUGCGAGCCUUUUUCCAAGGAUUAUUUCUUUCACCUCAAAUGGUUGGGGAAGCAAUCAAGGGUUCCUUCCUGAUUGCUGAAGUUUUGGCAUCCAAAGGCUAUGAAGUGCAGCCACUCCCUCGUGUCCCCCGUUACGAUACGGUUCAGGCUGUACAACUUGGAAGCCGGGAGCGUCUCCUUGCUUUCUGUGAGGCUGUUCAGAGAAGCUCUCCUGUAGGUUCAUAUACCAAACCUGUUGCGGGUACCACUCCUGGUUAUGCAUCAGAGGUGAUCUUUGCUGAUGGAACCUUCAUUGAUGGGAGUACUAGUGAGCUUUCAUGUGAUGGACCUCUUAGAGAGCCAUUUGCUGUAUUUUGCCAGGGUGGCACCCAUUGGACUCAAUGGGGACUAGUCCUAGGAGAAGUUUUGAAAUCUAUAUGAUGAAAUAUUAUUUUCAGUCACUGAGUUUAUACAAAAUAUUGUUAUGUGAACCUUCAAAGGACAACAUGAUUCAAAUUGGUACAAAUACAAUUAUACACUACAAGAAUUAUUGGUGCUUUACGAGUUCUA